ACAAAUUAUUUCAAUUCAAUGUAUGUAUAAGUAUGUGGUUGCAUGUACAUUCCGUCAUACACUUCCUGUUAUCAUCUCUAUUAAAGUCAGUUAAUUUGGACCAUGCAUGCAUGAACACAGACAGCAUGAAGAAGUUACAAGGUGACUGUGUCUCUUGGCUGGUACUUUUGACUGGAGCUGCUCAGCUCCUAUUAGUGUGUGGAGAAGGUUCACCUGCUGGAAUGUACCUGUCUUUGGGGACCACCACUUUCAUUAUGAAUAACACUGAGAUCCUCAUCACUAGCAUUGGAGAUGAUAAUGGGGGUAGUCUUCCCCCUCUCAUCUGUCACACUGACCUAAUGACUUGUUGUACACCCAAUGAGACAAUGAUGACAAGAGGAAUUGGAGAUUGGCGCUAUCCAAAUGGGGCUCGUGUUCCUGGUGAAUCAGGAUCUAACUCAGCAUCUCAACCGUUUGUGUCAUUGAGAAAUGUUCAUUCCAUUAAACUGGCUCGUAGAGACGAUUUUACUCCCCCUCCGUUGGAUCCAACUGGUUCCUAUUGCUGUAUUAUACCAACUACUGGAGAAGAUAUGACCUUCUGUGCCAAACUGGUUGUGUGCCCGUCUCUCCCUGCCCUGACCAAUGGAAUGGUCUUAUACAACGACUUAACACUGGGUGUGGACACUGUGGCCACCUACACCUGUGACAUUGGCUAUACUCUAACGGGAGAGGACACCACAACUUGUGGAAUGGAUGGGAACUGGAUUACAUCAGCUCCUAACUGUCAAUUACCCGGAACUAUGCCAACAGUUACUACUCCUCUGCCCGCCACUUGCCCUGACCUUCAAGAAAUGAACAAUAUAAUGAUUAUUUACGAUAUGAAUCCCAUGCAUAUUGGCUCAAGACCAGUGGACACUGUGGCCACCUACACCUGUGAUACUGGCUACACUCUCAAUGGAGGCACAACCAGGACUUGUGGGAGUGAUGGAGUGUGGAGUGGAUCAGCUCCAGUUUGUCAAGCCAUUGAGUGUCCUCCUACACCACCCAUUUCCAAUGGAAGCAUGAUCUCCUACGCCCCCGAUAAUACUCAAAAUAUUUCCCUGGGAACUAUUGCCACCUACAGUUGUAUGAUUGGGUUCUCCUUGGUUGUGUCUGAAGUUAGAACCUGUGUGGACGAUGAUGGAACUGACGCUAUUGGAAUAUGGGUUGGUCAACCACCAACUUGUGUUCCCAUUGAGUGUCCUCCUACACCACCCAUUUCCAAUGGAAGCAUGAUCUCCUACGCCCCCGAUAAUACUCGAAAUUUUUCCCUGGGAACUAUCGCCACCUACAGUUGUAUGAUUGGGUUCUCCUUGGUUGUGUCUGAAGUUAGAACCUGUAUGGAGGACGAUGCAUAUGGUGGAACUGAUGCUAUUGGAAUAUGGGUUGGUCAACCACCAACUUGUACUCCUAUCAUGUGUCCACCUCUCACUCAUCCCUAUGGCUCGGUAACCUACUCUUCCCUUGGACCAUCUUAUCCCUUUGGAACACAAGCACUAUAUGAGAUGAUAUCUUGUCCUGAGGGUACAGAGAAAAUAGGAGGAGAUCAUAUAAGGAAUUGUACUAGUGAUGGCAGUAGUACUGUGGGAGCGUGGAAUGGAGCUGCUCCCAUCUGUGCAGAUCAACCACUCUUUCUAUCACUCCAAGGAAUAUCCUAUACUACCAACAACAGUAACAUUCAAGUGACCAGAAUUGGAACCACAAACGACACAUCCUUGACCUGUCACACUGACUCAAUCACCUGUUGUAGAGGAAUACACAAUCCAGAUGGAAAUGCUGGUUUUGGGGAGUGGUUUUUUCCUAAUGGAACAGAGAUUGCUCGAAACAGAGUCACUGGUAGUGGGUUCUACUGGGUCAGAAACCUUCAGGCUGUCAGACUCUAUCGUCAAGAUGAUAUCCAGUCUCCAGUAGGUCGCUACUGCUGUAGAAUACCUGACAGUGGUGGAGUGUUGAGGACUGUUUGUGCUAAUCUUACAACAAACACUAUUCGAUGUCCCCCUGAUGACUCAUUGAUGGCUCCCACUAAUGGGAGUGUCUCAUACUCUAGUCCAGAGGAAGGUGGCAGCUACGUUUUUGGAACGGUGGCCACUUUCUCCUGCUUUCCUGGUUUUGGCCUCAGUACUCUUGGUACUAGAAUGUGCAAAGGCACUACAAUGGGAACCUUUAGUGGUUCCAGUCCAACAUGUGAUGCAAUAACCUGCUCUGUUCUUGCUGAACUUGUCAAUGGGACGAUUGAUUAUUCCCGGUCUCCUAACUCUGCCCGUUACAGUUACGGAACAGCAGCUAUUUAUCAGUGUAACCCCGGGUAUAAUAUAACAAGUGUAGACGAAGUGAGGACUUGUACUGGUGAUGGUAUGAGGUCAGUUGGAGAAUGGGAUACUACUGCUCCUCAAUGUCCACCUGUGGACUGUGAGACUCCUCCGUCUAUUAUCAAUGGAUCUCCUGGGAUACCAACAACCACAACAUUCACAGGGACAGUGACCUAUAGCUGUAAUGAUGGCUAUGCACUCUUUGGGAUUGCUACAAGUACUUGUCAGGCAAAUGCAACCUGGAGCAGACCACCAGAAUGCAGAGCUAUUGAAUGUCGCACUCUACUGGCCAUUACUAAUGGAGUCAUCACCUACGUUCCCGACAACACCUCUGGCUAUGAUCUGGGCACUGUGGCCACUUAUGCCUGUGAUCCUGGGUUUGUUCUGGACCUCUCCCUGGGGGGAUCUGAGAUGAGCACUUGUGUAGAUGAUAUGGACAAUGAUGCAGAGGGAGUGUUCGAUAACCAGGCUCCAAAAUGUGUCCGUAUCAUUUGCCAACCUCUUUUCCAUUACCCCUAUGGUAUGACAACCUAUCAUCACGAAAUUCCACCUUACUCAUACGGAACACGAGCAAGAUACAACGUCUCAUGCCCUCCUGAACUAGAGAGAAGUGGAGGAGAUGAUGAGAGGACUUGUACUGAUAAUGGCCAUAGUGUUGUGGGGGUGUGGUCUGGAACUGCUCCCAUCUGUGCAGCUCGAGGAGUUUUCCUGUCAUUUCAAGGAACAACCUACACUACGAACAACAGUAAUAUUGUACUCACCAGGAUUGAGACUACAAAUGACACAUCCUUGACCUGUCACACUGACUCAACCACCUGCUGUAGAGCUGUAGAUUCAUCUUCAGAUAUGGGUACUGGAGAGUGGCUGUUUCCUAAUGGAACAAGUAUUGUCCGGAAGAAGAGAGUACCUAGUGAUGGGUUCUAUUAUACAAGGUUUCAUCAAGCUAUCAGACUGUAUCGUAAUGAUGAUACCCGGACUCCACUGGGAACCUACUGCUGUAGAAUACCUGACAGUGGUAGAGUAUUGAAGACUAUGUGUGCUAACCUCAUUGACAACAACAUUCGAUGUCCCUCUGACUCGGUGAUGGCUCCCACUAAUGGGAUGGUCUCACAUUCAAGUCCAGUGGAAGGUGGCAGUUACAGCUAUGGAACAGUUGCAACCUUUACCUGUUCCACUGGUUUUAGUCUUAAUGGUACCUCAACUAGAACAUGUGAUACUGAACAGGGAACAUUUAGUGGCACAACCCCAUCUUGUAUAACAAUCACCUGCUCUGCUCUCACUGCUAUUGGAAAUGGAAAAAUUGUCUACUCUAGCGACAUGAUUAAACCUUAUAACUAUGGAACAACAGCUAUGUAUAAGUGUGACCCUGGGUACGAGAUAACAAGUGGAAACAAAAAGAGAAACUGCACUGGCGAUGGUACUACACAAAGUGGCGAUUGGAACGGAACUGCUGCAAUGUGUUCACCUGUAUCCUGUGGCCAAGUUCCUUCUGAUACUAAUGCAUCUCCUGGGACACCAACUCGACAAACCUUUGGAGGGACAGUGACCUACAGCUGUAAUGAAGGCUAUGCACUCUUUGGAAUUGCAACAAGUACUUGUCAGGCAAACGCAACCUGGAGCAGACCACCAGAAUGCAGAGCUAUUGAAUGUCGCACUCUACUGGCCAUUACUAAUGGAGUCAUCACCUACGUUCCCGACAACACCUCUGGCUAUGAUCUGGGCACUGUGGCUACUUAUGCCUGUAACCCUGGGUUUGUUCUGGACCUCUCCCUGGGGGGAUUUGAGAUGAGCACUUGUGUAGAUGAUAUGGACAAUGAUGCAGAGGGAGUGUUCGAUAACCAGGCUCCAAAAUGCGUCCGUAUCAUUUGCCAACCUCUUUUCCCUUACCCCUAUGGUAUGACAACCUAUCAUCACGAAAUUCCACCUUACUCAUACGGAACACGAGCAAGAUACAACGUCUCAUGCCCUCCUAAACUAGAGAGAAGUGGAGGAGAUGAUGAGAGGACUUGUACUGAUAAUGGCCGUAGUGUUGUGGGAGUGUGGUCUGGAACUGCUCCCAUCUGUGCAGCUCGAGGAGUUUUCCUGUCAUUUCAAGGAACAACCUACACUACAAACAACAGUAAUAUUGUACUCACCAGGAUUGAGACUACAAAUGACACAUCCUUGACCUGUCACACUGACUCAACUACCUGCUGUAGAGGUAAAGACAAGAAGUCAUCUUCAAAUAUGGGUACUGGAGAGUGGCUGUUUCCUAAUGAAACAAGUAUUGUCCGAAAGAAAGUCACUGGUAGCGGGUUCUAUUAUACAAGGUUUCAUCAAGCUAUCAGACUGUAUCGUAAUAAUGAUACCCGGACUCCACUGGGAACCUACUGCUGUAGAAUACCUGACAGUGGUAGAAUAUUGAAGACUAUGUGUGCUAACCUCAUUGACAACAACAUUCGAUGUCCCUCUGACUCGGUGAUGGCUCCCACUAAUGGGACGGUCUCAUACACUAGUCCAGUGGAAGGUGGCAGUUACAGUUAUGGAACAGUUGCAACCUUUACCUGUUCCACUGGUUUUAGUCUUAAUGGUACCUCAACUAGAACAUGUGAUACUGAACAUGGAACAUUUAGUGGCACAACCCCAUCUUGUAUAACAAUCACCUGCUCUGCUCUCACUGCUAUUGGAAAUGGAAAAAUUGUCUACUCUAGCGACAUGAUUAAACCUUAUGACUAUGGAACAACAGCUACGUAUAAGUGUGACCCUGGGUACGAGAUAACAAGUGGAAACAAAAAGAGAAACUGCACUGGCGAUGGUACUACACAAAGUGGCGAUUGGAACGGAACUGCUGCAAUGUGUUCACCUGUAUCCUGUGGCCAAGUUCCUUCUGAUACUAAUGCAUCUCCUGGGACACCAACUCGACAAACCUUUGGAGGGACAGUGACCUACAGCUGUAAUGAUAGCUAUACACUCUUUGGAAAUGCUACAAGUACUUGUCAGGCAAAUGCAACCUGGAGCAGACCACCAGAAUGCAAAGGUAUCCACAUUACUGGUAUCCAAUCUGGUGAGCCCAUCUUAAUUGGAGGUUCUGUUACCAUCACCUGCACCACUGACUCUCCUGCUGACUCAAUAAUGUUACUCCAAGAUGACCAACCCAAAGCUCAGCAGUUAUCAACUACCACCUUGAUGUAUACUAUAUAUUUUGUUACCGACAGCAUUCAUGGAAACAUCUUCAAAUGUGAGGCCCUGCUAACAGGGAGAACAGACACUUCUGAUACUGCCUUUGAAAGUCUCACUCUUUCUAUUAAAGUUCCCCAACAACCUAUUACUAUUAAUAUCAGAACAUCCAGUCCUUCACUAAUUAUUGGAGAGCCAUACAAUGUUACUUGCACUGUGUCUAAGUUGCCUGGACUAACUCGCACACCAACUGCUCAAUGGGUGAAUGUUACCAUGGAGACCGAACAAAUCGGAAUGCCCACUCUUAAUAAAGCUGUUCUCAUUUUUUCUCCACUGAGAAGCUCAGAUGCUGGCAUAUACUAUUGUCUGGGAAAUCUCAAUACUACUAUUCACUCUCAACCUCUUUCGAACAGCAGCAAUUUCACUUUAAUUGCACAAAUACCAACACCAACAGUGAACAUCUCAAGGUAUCCCUCUAGUUCAGCUCUGUUUGCUAAUCAUAGUGAGGUAACAUUUACAUGUCAAGUGUCUAUACAUGAAGAUAUCGAUACUCCCGUCAAUCUGAGCUUGACUUGGACUCGUGAGGUUUAUAGUGAUGAAGAUAAUACAACUACUGAAGUGAUCAUAAUGAAUAGUACGACCAGCACCGUUGAGAGAAGUUGGACUCUAGACAGUUUAAGUUCAAAUGACCAGAGAGUGACCUGCAAUGGAGAAUUAAGUACUAGCAGGUUUAUUCAAGGCAAUAGAGGCAUUGAUGAACACAUGUUAUCUGUUGUUGGUGUGUUUCUGAUAUUCAACGGCAGUUCAUUUGAUGACAACACUACCUCUGUACCAGCGAGGGAUGUACGUGUCAUACAGUGUCACUCUGACAAGACAGAUACAUUCGAUGAAGACCAACACGGAUGGACUUUCCCUAAUAGCACCAAGAUUACUAACAUCAGCAAACUGGCUGUUGCAACACGGGAGGGAGGACACCUGGCACUCACUCGAGUGGGGAACAGUUCCCUGCCAGCUGGAGAGUAUUGUUGCAAGGCUCAGGACGUAAGGGGAACUAGCCACACCCUCUGUGUGCAUGUGAACCCAGGCCCUACUCUCUAUGUAUUACCCACAAAACCAAAUGCAAGUGGCAAUGUCAUGGUUGGAGGAGUAGUUGCUGGGAUUGUCGUUUUGGUGGUUGCUCUACUGAUCAUUGGAGCAGUUAUUCUCAUUGUUGUCAGAGCUCGUAGAUCUGGAAAGCACACUUUCUCUGGCCUUACUUUUGGUGGAGGGAGAGUCAAGCGGAAAUCACCAUUCACUGUAAAAGUUGACCCCUUGACCCCAUUGGACAUACCCCUGGAUGACCACAUUGACACCUUGACCCCUGAUACAAAUAUGUAUGUGGGUGUGACCACCUUCAGCAAGGAACCAGAUAAAAAAAGUUGAAGGAAAUCAGCAAGGAUCUGCACUUGGUACAAGCAGUUCAUUUUACACCACUGACUUCCCUGCUCAUGUGGACACAAUGCACGAGGACACAGACAAGCUCUUCGAGACUGAGUACACGUCCAUCAGCAAGGAGCCCCACUCGCCCAACAACGAG